ACACAGAAGGUGGUCUGAUCAUAGGAAAGAAACAUUUCUAUUUUGAGAUUUUAAAAAAAACGAUAUUUUUUUUUAUAUAAAGCUGAACAAUUGUGAAUAUUUUGUUAUCUUACUUUUUGCCCUCGAAUUGAAAUGGAUCCUCAAAAGUAUUUGUUGCGAAUUGGUUGUAAUGCGGUUCCGACUAGACAAACGCCGACCCUGGAUACGCUCCGACGCGUGCACCGUUGUCACCUGAUGGCUGUCCCGUUUGAGAACCUUACAAUUCACAGCCAAGGACGGGUACUACUUGCGCUCCCAGACCUGUAUCACAAAAUCGUUGUCCGCCACCGCGGAGGUUUCUGCUUCGAGAACAACGGGUUAUUCUCUUGGCUUCUGACGGAAAUGGGAUUCGACGUCACCAUCCUAUCAGGACAGGUGAAAAACGCCAUUACCGGGCGGUAUGGCCCGCCGUUCGACCACUUAAUCUCCAUGGUGACGCUAGGAGGGCAACGGUGGCUGUGUGACGUAGGAUUUGGAGGGGCAGGAUUCGAGUUCCCCAUUUCCUUAGAGACGGCAGAACUCCAAAAGCAGGGUCACAGAAUGUACAGGAUCAGACAGGAGGGAAAGAUGCACUUUCUUGAAUGGCAAGAUGAAGAGAGAAGUGAAACUGGAAUCUGGGCAGAAUUAUACAAGUUUACUCUGAAUCCACAAAGCAGAGAGGACUUCACAGAGAUGUGCAACUACCAUCAAAGCUCCCCAAGCUCCAUCUUCUUCUGCAAGUCCCUCUGCUCCAUCCUGAAACCCAAUGGGAGGCUCACGUACAUGGGCCACAGACUGAUCACCUCUCAUUUCCCCUCAGGGGAAAGUGGGAAUGUGACUAAAACCGUCAGGGAGCUCACAGAUGAAGAUAUUCCUGACAUACUUAAGGAGGACUUUGGAAUCGAGCUGGACUUUCCACUGGUCCCAAAGGAUGAAGCAAUCACACCGCCCACAAUUAUGUACUGAAUAUUUUGCAUCUCCCAUUUUAUAAAAUGACAAGAGGGCACAAAGAGACAAAUUGUCAGUUUGAUUUAAUAAAUUAAUAUACAUACACUUUUUAAAGAUG